CCCACACACACACACAAAAGCACACACGCACACACAACAAUACUUUUUAUCCUGAUCUCGUUAGUCAGUCUUUCAAUUUGUUUGGAGCGUAUAUAAAUAAGAUCGCUGUUGACUGCCAUUUUUUUCUUCCUUUCUUCUUCCGUUAUUCCAUCCAUAAUGCAAGCUACCAUACAUCACAGAACAGACCAAGAAGUCGAUGUACACGCACCUGCAAGUACUUAUUACACAACUGGAAGCAAUGCAGGCGGAGUCACUAGUCGCUUGAAAACGUACACCGGACAAUACAGCAAAUUGCUUGACACCUCGUUGCCUCCACGCAAACGACGGGCUUCUCAUGAUGAUAAGAACAAAGCCCAGAAAUUUCUCAUCGAUGUAAAGGAAACACAGCGUAUCUUGGUAGAGCAAGAAGAUACCGAUGGCGAUUUCCAGAUUACAGUCAACGAUCUCGGUCCCAAGGUCUUCUCUGUUGGCACGGCCGACUCGGGCGGUUAUCGGAAAAUCGAAAUCCGAGGCACCUACAUGCUGUCCAAUUUGCUGCAGGAGCUCGCAUUGGCGGAUGAUUAUGGACGUAAACACAUCGUACUAGAUGAAGCACGGUUAAAUGAGAUACCCGUGGAUCGUCUGUCAAGGAUGAUCCGGCACAAUUUUUGGGAAGGGUUGACUCGUCGGAUUGAUGCCGAAGGAUUGGAGAUCAUCUGUGCCGAUCCCAAGAAUCGAUCCGCCAAUCAUAAUCCUCGCAUCUACAUUCCUUACGAUGAAGACGAAAUGUACGACUACUACAAGCAAGUAGCCGCUACACGGACCCACUUGCGAUUGGAAGUCGAACGACUACCCAAGGAGAUCACAGCAGAGUACGUCAAAAGUAUCAACGACCGUCCUGGGAUUCUUGCCUUGGCUAUGCGAAAAGAGACGGAUGCUUUCGGGCAAACGACGUUGCGGGGCGUGCCAUUUGUGGUACCUGGUGGACGAUUCAACGAGAUGUAUGGGUGGGAUUCCUACUUUGAGACCUUGGGCUUGCUGGUGGACGAUCGUGUGAAUUUGGCUCAAGGCAUGGUCGAUAAUUUUGUCUAUCAAAUCAAACAUUACGGCAAGAUUUUGAAUGCCAACCGAUCCUAUUAUUUAUCACGAUCUCAACCGCCUUUCUUGACGGACAUGGCGCUUAAAGUUUACGCACGAUUACCGACCGAAUCAUCGAGCGAGAACAAAGCUUGGUUGAAAACCGCCUUGGAAGCGGCUAUCAAGGAAUACCAUACCGUCUGGAUGGCCGAACCUCGACUGGACCCCCAAACGGGUUUAUCGCGCUAUCGACCUGCCGGUCUCGGUAUCCCGCCCGAGACCGAAGCUUCCCACUUUGAUCAUGUGAUCCUUCCCUAUGCUAACAAGGCCAACCUCAGUAUCCGUCAAUAUAUGCACGAUUACAACCAGGGUUUAAUCAAGGAACCACGUCUGGACGAAUAUUUCUUGCAUGAUCGUGCCGUCCGCGAAUCCGGUCACGAUACCACUUAUCGGUUCGAAAAAGUCUGCGCCAACUUGGCGACCAUCGAUCUCAAUGCGCUGUUGUACAAAUACGAGACAGAUAUUGCCCAAGCCAUCCAAGCCAUCUUUGGAGACGGUGCUUUGGUCGACCACAAAGGCGAACCGCAGUAUGCCGAUGUUUGGCUGCAACGCGCCAACGACCGUCAACAACGUAUUGACCAAUAUCUGUGGAAUGAGGAGCGCUGUUUAUACUUUGAUUAUGAUACGGUGAAAGAAGAGCAGAUCACUUACGAGUCUGUCACUGCUUUCUGGGCCAUGUGGGCGGGAUGUGCUAGUCAGGAACAGGCAGAAAAAAUGACGCAACAUUCAUUGCACAAGUUUGAAGCUUUGGGCGGGCUUGUUUCAGGUACCGAAGAAUCGCGAGGUGUCACAUCCCUGGACCGGCCUAAUCGACAAUGGGACUUCCCCUUUGGAUGGGCGCCUCAUCAAAUCAUGGUCUGGAAAGCCUUUGAAAAUUACAACAAGGUUGACGUAGCCCGUCGGUUAGCUUACCGAUGGUUGUAUACCAUCACCAAAUCAUUUGUCGAUUUCAACGGCGUGGUUCCCGAAAAGUUCGACGUUGUGAGUUUAACGCACAAGGUGGAGGUGGAAUACGGGAAUGUGGGCGUCGACUUUAAAUAUUUGCCACGCGAAGGCUUUGGAUGGAUGAAUGCUUCGUAUCAAAUUGGAUUGACCCUGAUUACGACCCAAAUGCGACGCGCUUUAGGAGCUUGCACCAACCCGGAUCUCUUCUUUGAAAAGACCAUGAAGCGAAAUAACCAGUUUCACGGCGCUACUUUACAACGACGCAAAUCACAAGAAGCGGCUGCCAAGGCCAUCACUCGUAAUGGAUCGAUCACUGCAGCUAUCACGCGUAUUGGGCCUGACGCACUGCCACCUUUAUCUUUUAUCGAGCUGACUGAACCUGCGGCAUCCUCUUUGGAUGCCAGCCUUUCUUCGGCUUCAUCCGAGUAGAUGAGUGAAUCCAAAUGAUACAUAAAUAAUACACUUGUUCAACAUUCGUAGAAAAGCCAUCCUCGUUUACAUUAAAGGAGAAAAAAAAAGUUCAGGUUAUGUAUUUUAUACAUAGUCUGUGCGUUCAUUCAUUUUUUAAAGCGAUACAAUAAAAUAUAAGAGG